AAAGAACUAAUUAAAUAAUGAAAGUGGCAUGUGUGAUGUGUCAUGCACACCUUUCUCUUAAUCUGAGUAUCUGUGAGCCAUCACAACAGCAAAAGCUGAAAUAACAUUUCCGUCCACAGAAUCCGAAUCCACCGUCCUUUUACGAUAUAAAUUAUCAUUAAUCUUCGCUUCUGCGAUUGUUAUUACAAUUUUCCAAAUCAUAAUCUAACACUCACCCCAAACUCGAUUCCUUUUUCAGGAAAUUGUUCUAUCAGUUAAAGCUCUAAAUGUCUUCCUCCACUCUAAUCUCUGACACUCAGCCAUGGAAGGAGUUGAAAGACCAUGUUGAGGACAUUAAAAAGUCUCAUCUACGGGAUUUAUUGAGUAACGAAGAGAGAUCCCAGUCACUGAUGGUUGAAUUUGAUGGCAUUCUAUUGGACUACUCAAGGCAGCAGGUCACUCUUGAAACAAGGGAAAAACUUUUCAAAUUGGCCGAGGUUGCAUCCCUCAAGCAAAAAAUAAACCAGAUGUACAAUGGGGAGCAUAUAAACAGCACUGAGAAUAGAGCAGUACUUCAUGUAGCCCUUCGUGCUUCAAGGGAUGCGGUUAUACAGAGUGAUGGAAAGAAUGUUGUCCCAGAUGUCUGGAAUGUUCUGGACAAGAUCAAAGAGUUCUCUGAGAGGGUCCGCAGUGGAUCUUGGGUUGGAGCUACUGGAAAGGAAUUGAAGGAUGUUGUUGCCAUCGGUAUUGGUGGCAGCUUCUUAGGUCCACUCUUUGUUCACACAGCUCUUCAAACAGAUCCCGAAGCAAUUGAAUCUGCAAGAGGACGUCAGUUGCGCUUCCUUGCAAAUGUUGAUCCAAUUGAUGUUGCUAAAACAAUCACAGGGUUAAAUCCCGAAACAACAUUAGUUGUUGUUGUGUCAAAAACUUUUACGACUGCUGAAACCAUGUUGAAUGCUCGAACACUCAGGGAAUGGAUUAUAGCUGCCCUAGGGCCAUCAGCAGUUGCAAAACAUAUGGUCGCAGUUAGUACAAACCUCGCGCUUGUGGAAAAGUUUGGCAUUGAUCCUAAUAAUGCUUUUGCAUUUUGGGACUGGGUUGGUGGCCGUUAUAGUGUCUGCAGUGCUGUAGGAGUGUUUCCUUUAUCCCUACAAUAUGGUUUCUCAGUAGUUGAGAAGUUUUUGAAGGGAGCUUCCAGCAUUGAUCAACAUAUGUAUUCAGAACCGUUUGAAAGAAACAUACCUGUGCUUCUGGGACUGUUGAGUGUAUGGAAUGUCUCCUUUCUUGGAUAUCCUGCCAGAGCCAUCUUACCUUAUACUCAAGCCCUGGAAAAGUUUGCCCCACAUAUUCAACAGGUUAGCAUGGAAAGUAAUGGCAAGGGUGUUUCAAUUGAUGGCACCCCCCUACCAUUUGAGGCUGGUGAAAUUGAUUUUGGUGAACCAGGAACAAAUGGCCAGCAUAGUUUUUAUCAACUUAUACACCAGGGACGUGUUAUUCCAUGUGAUUUUAUUGGAGUUGUGAAAAGUCAGCAACCAGUUUAUUUAAAAGGAGAGGUUGUGAGCAACCAUGAUGAGCUAAUGUCAAACUUUUUUGCACAGCCAGAUGCCCUUGCCUACGGGAAGACCCCAGAACAAUUGCAGAAAGAGAACGUUCCUCCACAUCUCGUGUCACACAAGACAUUCUCUGGCAACCGACCUUCUGUCAGCCUUCUGCUUCCAUCAUUGAAUGCUUAUAAUGUUGGACAGUUGUUGGCAAUCUAUGAACACAGAAUUGCUGUGGAAGGUUUCAUAUGGGGCAUCAAUUCUUUUGACCAGUGGGGAGUGGAGCUAGGGAAGUCAUUAGCCACUCAAGUGAGAAAGCAACUUAAUGCAUCUCGCACAAAAGGAGAACCAAUUCAAGGCUUUAAUUUCAGUACUACAGCUAUGAUAACAAGAUAUCUUCAGGCAAGUUCAGAUAUUCCAGCUGAUCCUCCAACUAGUUUACCUCAGAUAUAAUUUCCUUUUUGGUGGAAAUGGAUCCAAGUCAUCUUACAAAUCUCACUCACAUAAGUUGUUUUAUAUACAACAGCAUGCGUCAUACUUUUUUGUUUAUGAACUUCAUUUUAAAAAGUUUUGGCAUGUUUUCAAUCAUACUUUUUUUCUUCUUUUUGUUGUGAAAUGAUGUCAUGUUAAAAACACCAUCAUUUUGAAUUGGCAUGUUGAGGCUCACUCAAUACAUUCAUGUCAAUGUAAGCUUCAUUAAUGAAUUGAAUGUUGUCAAAUGUGAAUUAUUAGCAAUAAUCAGUAAUUUCUUUCCCUUUUA